AUGAGAAAGUUGCCAGGCGGCCGAACGGCGAUCCCAGGGUCGCCGAGAUUGUCAUCUUCUCUGGUGAUGAAUCCCCCCAACGACCGCCAUGGCUCCGGCUCGACAAUUCGGCAUCCCGUUGUCGACUCUUCCCUCUUUGUCUCGUCCGCCGGCAGAACCUUCUCUUUCUGGUCCCCCGACAUCAAGCAAUCCACCUGGCGACGAAGCUGGCGACACCCUUCUUUCUUCGGUUUUGACUUCUUAUCUGUGUUCGCCGCUGUACUCAUCGUUGUCUCCAGUCUCCGCGCCUCUCGCGUGAACUGUGACGUCGACAAGUUACCCUGGCGAUGCCUUGCCUCUUCUUCGUUGGCUUCCGUCUGCAACUCCCUCGCCGAUGGCUUCUUCGCCUCACCCUCCGGCGAUGUCUCUCUCGACGGCCAGUAA